GGCUGAUAUGUUCCCGUCUUUCUCCAUGAUUGGGAGGAGCAGCUCCUCUGGCGUUCUCUCUCUAUUACUGUACAAAAUUUUCACUCUCUCUCUCUUCUUUCUCCUCCUCUUCUUCCUCGAAGCUUGAGCUCUUCAGGAGUCCAUGGAUUCUGAAGCUUUGCUUCCAGAUCAAACGACAGAUGGGGAGAAUAACUCCAUGCAGAUUGCCGACGAGAAAACAAUUGUCAGUCAGAAACACUUGAAUGGAGGAGAAGAGCUCAAAGACAAGAAUGCAACCAUUGCUGAGCUUGUGCAGAAUACCACAGAAGUUACUAAUCAUGGUGAGAUUUCUGAUUCAGGGGUUUCAAUCUCACCAGAAACUUAUGUUCAUCAAGAAUCAAAAGACCUGCAUGAAUCAGUUGUCGAUUGUUCUAAGAUGCCAAGUUCAGCAUCAGAAAAACAGGACAGUUCAGAAGAAGUUGAUUCCUUCAGUGUAGUAGCUGUGGAUGUUUCAUCCACAGAAGAGGCUACAAAUAAGACAAUUGAGAUCGUCAAGGACGAGAUUGAAAGCUUUGAAGACAAGAAUGGUGAGCUCAAAGAAGUUACAUCUGCCAAUGGUAAGCUUGAGGCUUUUCCGGUCGAGUCUGAUAGUGCUAAUGGGACUGGAGAUGCUGAGGAAGCCACUGAGCUAGAAGAUAAAUCUGCUAUUGCAACUGUUGAGGAGGCUAAAGAUCUAGAGGCUAAAUCUUCAGAUCUUAAUAAAGAGGUCGGAAUCCAUGUCGAAGAACAAGUAGUGACUCAGUUGGAUAGUGUGACUUCAGCAAUUUUAAAGGUUGAGGAACAAGUUCCAAUUGAGUCAAAUUUUGCUGAAAUUGCAGAGGAAACGAGAGAAGUAGAAGCUAAACUUGAAGAUGAAAAGGAAGUAUCUUCAGCAAUUAUUAAUGUCGAGGAAAAUAGAGAAGUUGAACAAGUUUCAACUGAGUCAAUUGUUGCUCCUUCAGCUGCUGUUGUUGAGGAAACGAGAGAAAUGAAAGCUAAACUUGAAGAUGGUGAGGAAACUACAGGAGUGGAAGCUGAACUCACAGAUGAUAACCGAGAAACGACGACAAAUGUUCCAACUGAGUCAAUUUUUGCUACUUCAGUUGGUGCAGUUGCUCAGGAAACUAGAGAAAUCGAAGCAAAAUUUGAAGAUGAAGGCAAUGAACUCAUCACAAAUGAUAACCAUGAAACACUGACAAAUGUUGAGGAACAAGUUCCAACUGAGUCUAUUUUUGCUACUUCAACUAUACCAGUUGCUGAGGAAACAAGAGAACUAGAAGCUAAACUUGAAGAUGAAACGAAAAUAUCUUCAACGAUUGAAGCAGAAGCUGAAUUCACAAAUGGUAGCAAUGAAACGACAACAAGUGUUGAGGAACAUGUUCCAACUGAGUCAGUUUUUGCUACUUCAGUUGGUGCAGUUGCUCAGGAAACAAGAGAAAUAGAGGCAAAAUUUGAAGAUGAAAAGAGAGUAUCUUCAACAAUUGUCAAUACUGAGGAAGCUACAGAAGCAGAAGUUGAACUCACAGAUGAUAGUCUCGUGACAAUGACACAUGUUGGGGAGCAUGUUCCGACUGAGUCAAUUUUUGCUACUUCAGUUGGUGCAGUUGCUCAGGAAACUAGAGAAAUCGAAGCAAACUUUGAAGAUGAAAGCAAUGUAUCUUCAACAAUUGUUAAUGCUGAAGGAACUACAGAAGCAGAAGCUGAACUCGCAGAUGAUAACCAUGAAGCAACGACAAAUGUUGAGGAACAAGUUCCAACUGAGUCAAUUUUUGCUACUUCAACUACUGCAGUUGCCGAGGAAACAAGAGACAUAGAAACUAGACUUGAAGGCGAAAAGGAAGUCUCUUCAUCAAUUGUUAAUACUCAGGGGACAACAGAAGAAGCAGAAGCUGAAUUCACAGGUGAUAACCACGAAACGACGACAAAUGUUGAGGAACAUGUUCCAACCGAGUCAAUUUUUGCUUCUUCAGCUAUUGCAGUCACUGAGGAAACGAGAGAACUAGAAGCCAAACUUGAAGAUGAAAAGGAAGCAGGAACAGAAGCUGAUCUACAACUUCCAACUGAUUCCUGUAGUGCUACUUCAGUUAUCGGAACUGAUUCCUGUAGUGCAGACAGCAUCGAAGUAGUUGCAAAUGAAAUCGAAAAACAAGUUCCAGUUGAAUCAGUUGUUGAUUCUUCAUCUGCCGAAAUUGUUGAGGAAUCAAAGGAGAUACAAGAUAGAGUUGAGCAACAAGUUUCAAGUGCUUCCAGCAUUGCCACUUUAGCAAUUGGACCAUUUGAGGAAACUAAGGAGAAAGAAUUUGCAGUUGAUGACCAUGAAGUACCUACAGAUGUUGAAAAACAAGCUCUAAGUGAUGCUACUUUAGCUAUCGCAAUCACCGAGGAAUCUAGAGAGACAGAAGCUAAAAUUGAAAAAGAAGAGAAAAAAGAAGCCACAGAAGUUGAAGAAAUUGAAUCAAGAAAUUAUACUACUCCAGAUGCUGGAGUUGCUGAGGAAACUGAAGGGCUUGUUUCUGAGCUUGUGGAUGAUCACCAAAAAGUCCUGACGGCAGAAGAGAAACAAAUUCAAGCUGAGGAAACCACAGAUAUAGCAGAAGAAGUUAAUACAAAAGUGGAAACAGAAGUGGAACAUCAAUUUUCAAGUCAUUCUAUUAGUUCUGCUUCUGCUCCUGGAGGUGCUGAGAAAGUAGAAGAGAUCGAGGCUAAGUUUGCGGAUAAUAGCAAGGAACUGAUAACAGAAGCUGAAAAGCACAUUGCAAUUGAUAACGAAGAGAAAGAAGCAACAAUAGAAGUUCAAGAACAAGUUCCAAGCGAUUCUAGUACUUCAGCUUCAGCUAAUGGAAUUGCCGAGGAAACUGAAAGACUAGAGUCUAAGAAUAUAGAAGAUGAUGGAGAGGUGCCGGCAGAAGUUGAGAAACAAGUUCAAAGUGAGGAAUCCACAGACUUAGGAGCUGAACUUGGUGAUGGUAAGACAGAAAUAGAAACAGAAGUGGGGCAACAAUUUUCAAGUGUUUCCGUUAGUCCUAGUUCAACUACUGAAAAUUUUGGAGGGAUUGAAGCUGAACUUGCAGUUGACAAUCAAGAAGUGAUAACAGAGUCUGAAAAUCAAAUUGAAAUUGCAACUGAGAUCAGUGAUGUUACUUUAGCUGUUGUUACUUCUGAUGAAGCUCGACUCGAUGAAGAUAAAAUUGUAAAUGAUGAGAAAGAAACAGUAGCAGAAGUUCAACAAGUUCCAAGUGAUUCUAGUACUUCCACUUCAGCUAAUGGAAUUUCUGAGGAAACUGAAAGUCUAGAAUCUAAGCAUAUAGAUGAUAAUAGAGAGGUGCCAACAGAAGAUGAAAAACAAGUUCCAAAUGAGGAAUCCACAGAGGUAGGAGCUAAACUCGAGGAUGGUGUCAGAGAAGAAACAGAAGAGCAACAAUUUCCAAGUGAUUCCACUAGUCCUACUUCAGCUAUUGGAAUUGUGGAGAAAUCCAAAGAGAUUGAAGCUGAGCUUACAAAUGAUAAGCAGGAAGUGAUAACAGAAGUUGAAAAGCAAGUUGCACGUGAGACUACUGAUGUUACUUUAGCUGCUGAAGAAUUAAGACAAAUUGAAGAUGAUGAGAAAGAAGCAGCAGUGGAAGUUCAAGAACAAGUUCCAAGUGAUCCUAGUACUUCCACUGAAUUUGGCAAAUCUGUAGAUGAUGAGAAAGAAACAGUAAUAGAAGUUCAAGAACAAGUUCCAAAUGAUUCUAGUACCUGUGCUUCAGCUAAUGGAAUUUCUGAGGAAACUGAAAGGCUAGAAUCUAAGCAUAUAAAUGAUGAUCAAGAGGUGCCUGCAGAAGCUGAGAAACAAGUUCCAAGGGAUGAAUCAACAGAUGUAGACAAUGGUGAGACAGAAGUCGAAUCAGAAGUGGAGCAACAAUUACCAAGUGAUUCCACUAGUCCUACUUCGGCUCUCGGAAUUGUUGAUAAAUUCAUAGAGUUUGAAACUGAACUUGCAGAUGACAAGCAGGAAGAGAAAACAGAAGCUGAAAAGAAAGUUGCAUGUGAGACUAGUGAUGAAGAAUUCAGACAAAUUGAAGAUGAUGAGAAAGAAGCAGCAGUGGAGGUUCAAGAACAAAUUCCAAGUGAUUCUAGUACUUCCAAUGAAUUUGGAAAAAUUGAAGAUGAUAAGAAAGGAGCAGCAGUGGAGGUUCAAGAACAAGUUCCAAGUGAUUCUAGUACUUCCGAUGAAUUCAGAAAAAUUGAAGAUGAUGAGAAAGAAGCAGAAGUGAAGGUUCAAGAACAAGUUCCAAGUGAUUCUAGUACUUCCAAUGAAUUCUCCAAAUCUGUAGAUGAUGAGAAAGAAACAGCAAUAGAAGAUCAAAAACAAGUUCUAAGUGAUUCUAGUACUUGUGCUUCAGUUAAUGGAAUUUCUGAGGAAACUGGAAGGCUAGAAUCUAAGCAUAUCGAUGAUGAUCGAGAGGUGCCUGCAGAAUCUGAGAAACAAGUUCCAAGGGAUGAAUCAGAAGCCAUCGGAAUUGCUGAGAAAUCCAUAGAGACUGAAGCUGAACUUGCAGAUGACAAGCAGAAAGAGAAAACAGAAGCUGAAAAACAAGUUGACAGUGAGACUAGUGAUGCUACUUUAUCUGCUGAAGAAUUCAGACAAAUUGAAGAUGAUGAGAAAGAGGCAAUAUUGGAGGUUCAAGAACAAGUUCCAAGUGAUUCUAUUGCUUCCAAUGAAUUUGGAAAAAUUGAAGAUGAUGAGAAAGAAGCAGCAGUGGAGGUUCAAGAACAAGUUCCAAGUGAUUCUAGUACUUUCAAUGAAUUAAAAGAAAUAGUAGACGAUGAGAAGGAAACAGCAGUAGAAGUUGAAGAACAAGUUCCAAGUGAUUCUAGUACUUUUGCUUCAGCUAGUGGAAUUUUGGAGGAAAUUGAAGGGCUGGAAUUUAAGCAUAUAGUUGAUGAUCAAGAGGUGCCCACAGAAGCUGAGAAACAACUUCCAAGUAACAAAUCCACAGAGGUAGGAGCUACACUUGACGAUGGUGAGACAGAAGUAGAAACAGAAGCGGAACAACAAUUUCCAAGUGAUUCCAUUUGUCCUGCUUCAGCUAUUGGAAUUGCUGAAAAAUCUGUGGAGAUUGAAGCUGAACUUUUAGAUGACAAGCAGGAAGUGAAAACAGAAGCUGAAAAACAAGUUGCAAGUAAGAAUAGUGAUGUUACUUUAGCAGCUGCUAGCACUGAAGAAUCAAGACAAACUGAAGAUGAUGACCAAGAAGAAACAGUGGAGGUUCAAGAACAAGUUCCAAGUGAUUCUAGUACCUGUGCUUCAGCUAAUGGCAUUUCUGAGGAAACUGAAAGGUUAGAAUCUAAGCAUAUAGAUGAUGAUAGAGAGGUGCUUGCAGAAGCUGAGAAACAAGUUUCAAGGGAUGAAUCAACAGAUGUAGAAGCUAAAAUUCAUGAUGGUGAGACAGAAGUAGCAUCAGAAGUGGAGCAACAAUUACCAAGUGAUUUCACUAGUCCUACUUCAGCUAUUGGAAUUGCUGAGAAAUCCAUAGAGAUUGAAACUGAACUUGCAGAUGACAAGCAGGAAGAGAAAACAGAAGCUGAAAAGCAAGUUGCGAGUGAGACUAGUAUUGUUACUUUAUCUGCUGUUACUCCUGAAGAAUUCAGACAAAUCGAAGAUGAUGAGAAAAAAGUCAUAUUGGAGGUUCAAGAACAAGUUCCAAGUGAUUCUGUUACUUCCGAUGAAUUCAGAAAAAUUGAAGAUGAUGAGAAAGAAGCAGCAGUAGAGGUUCAAGAACAAGUUCUGAGUGAUUCUAGUACUUUCGCUUCAGCUAGUGGAAUUUUGGAGGAAAUUGAAGGGCUGGAAUCUAAGCAUAUAGAUGAUGAUCAAGAGGUGCCCACAGAAGAUGAGAAACAAGUUCCAAGUAGCAAAUCCACAGAGGUAGGAGCAACACUUGACGAUGGUGAGACAGAAGUAGAAACAGAAGUGGAACAACAAUUUUUAAGUGAUUCCACCAGUCCUACUUCAGAUAUUGGAAUAGCUGAAAAAUCUGUGGAGAUUGUGGAGAUUGAAGCUGAUCUUUCAGAUGACAAGCUGGAAGUGAAAACAGAAGCUGAAAAGCAAGUUGCAAGUGAGAAUAGUGAUGUUACUUUAGCUGCUGUUAGCGCUGAAGAUUUGAGAGAAACUAAAGAUGAUGAGAAAGAAGCAACAGUGGAGGUUCAAGAACAAGUUCCAAGCAAUUCUAGUACUUUCAAUGAAUUCAAAGAAAUUGUAGAAGAUGAGAAGGAAACAGCAGUAGAAGUUGAAGAACAAGUUCCAAGUGAUUCUAGUACUUCCACUUCAGCUAAUGGAAUUUCUGAGGAAAUUGAAAGGCAAGAAUCUAAGCAUGUAGAAGAUGAUCAAGAGGUGCUUGUAGAAGCUGAGAAACAAGUUCCAAGUGACGAAUCCACAGAGGUAGGAGCUACACUUGACGAUGGUGAGACAGAAGUAAAAAGAGAAGCAGAACAACAAUUUCCAAGUGAUUCCACUAGUCCAAUUUCUACUAUUGGCAUUGAUGAGAAAUCUAUGGAUAUUGGAGCUGAACUUGCAUAUGACAAGCAGGAAGUGAUAACAGAAUCUGAAAAGCAAGCUGCAAGUGAGAUUGGUGAUGUUUCUUUAGCUCUUAUUAGUGCUGAAGAAUUCAGACAAACUGAAGAAGUUGAGAAAGAAGCAACAGUGGAGGUUCAAGAACAAGUUCCAAGCGAUUCUAGUACUUUCAAUGAAUUCAAAGAAAUUGUAGAUGAUGAGAAGGAAAAAGCAGUAGAAGUUGAAGAACAAGUUCCAAGUGAUUCUAGUACUUCCACUUCAGCUAAUGGAAUUUCUGAGGAAAUUGAAAGGCAAGAAUCUAAGCACGUAGAUGGUGAUCAAGUGGUGCUCGUAGAAGCUGAGAAACAAGUUCAAAGUGACGAAUCCACAGAGGUAGGAGCUACACUUGACGAUGGUGAGACAGAAAUAGAAACAGAAGCGGAACAACAAUUUGCAAGUGAUUCUACUAGUCCUACUUCAGCUAUUGGAAUUGCUGAAAAAUCUGUGGAUAUCGAAUAUGAACUUGCAGAUGACAAGCAGGAAGUGAUAACAGAAGCUGAAAAGGAAGUUGCAAGUGAGAUUGGUGAUGUUACUUUAGCUCCUAUUAGUGCUGAAGAAUUCAGACAAACUGAAGAUGUUGAGAAAGAAGCAACAGUGGAGGUUCAAGAACAAGUUCCAAGCGAAGAUGAUGAGAAAGAAGCAGCAGUAGAUGUUCAAGAACAAGUUCAAAGUGGUUCUAGUACUUCUGCUUCAUCUAGUAGAAUUUCUGAAGAAACUGAAAGGCUAGAAUCUAAGGAUAUAGAUGAUGAUCGAGAGAUGCCAGCAGAAGCAGAGAAACAGGUUCCAAGUGACAAAUCCAUAGAGGUAGGAGUUACACUUGACGAAGGUGAGACAGAAGUAGCGGAACAACAAUUUCCAAGUGAUUCCACUAGUCCUACUUCAGCUAUUGGAAUUGCUGAAAAAUCUGUGGAGAUUGAAUCUGAACUUGCAGAUGACAAGCAGGAAGUGAUAACAAAAGUUGAAAAGCAAGUUGCAUGUGAGAUUGGUGAUGUUACUUUAGCUGCUAUUGUUACUGAAGAAUUCAGGCAAAUUGAAGAUGAUGGGAAAGAAGCAACACUAGAGGUUCAAGAACAAGUUCCAAGUGAUUCUAGUACUUUCAAUGAAUUCGAAAAAAUCGAAGAUGAUGAGAAAAAAACAGCAGUGGAGAUUCAUGAACAAGUUCCAAGUGAUUCUAGUACUUCUACUUCAGCUAGUGGAAUUUCUGAUGAAACUGAAAGUCUAGAAUCGAAGGCUAUAGAUGAUGAGCUAGACGAGCCUGCAGAAGCUGAGAAACAAGUUCCAAUUGAGAAAUCCAUAGGGGCAGAAUCUAAACUUGACGAUGGUGAAACAGAGACAAAGCAACGAUUUCCAAGUGAUUCCACUAGUCCUACUUCUGUUUUCGGAAUUGUUGAGAAAUACAUAGAGAUUGAAGCUGAACUUGCAGAUGACAAGUAUGAAGUAAAAAAAGAAGCUGAAAAGCAAGAUUCAAGUGAGACAAGCGAUGUUACUUUAGUUGCUGUUGCUGCUGAUGCAUUAGAACAAAUUGAAGCUGAUAAGAAAGAACCAACAGUGGAGGUUCAAGAUCAAGUUCCAAGUGAUUCUAGUAAUUCCAAUGAAUUUGGAAAAAUUGUAGAUGAUGAGAAAGAAACAACAAUAGAAGUUCAAGUAGAAAUUUCAAGUGAUUCUACUACUUGUAAUUCAUCUGAUGGAAUUGCAAAGGAAACUAAAAGACUAGAAUCUAAGCUUAUAGAUGAUGAUCUAAUGGUGCCUGCAGAAGCUGAAAAACAAAUUCCAAGUGAGGAAUUCAUAGAGAUGGGAGACCAAUUUUACAAUGGUAAGACAGAAGUGGAGCAACAAUUUUCAAGUGAUGCCAUUAGUGCUACUUCAGUUAUGGGAAUUGCUGAUGAAUCUGGAGAGAUUGAAGCUGAACUUGAAGAUGACAAGCACGAAGUGAUAACUGAAGCUGAAAAUCAAGUUGCAAGUGAGAUUAGUGAUGUUAUUUUAGCUGUUGAUACUGCUGAAGAGUUCAGAAACACUGAAGUUAAAAUUGAAGAUAAUGAGAAAGAAGAUGCAGUGGAGGCUCAAGAACAAGUUCCAAAUGAUUCUAGUACUUCUGAGGAUUCUAAAAAGUUAGAAGCUGAGCUUACAAAUGAAGAUCAAUUGGUGCAGAUAGAAGAUGUGAAACAAAUUUCAGUUGCGGAUUCCACAGAGGUAAGAACUAAAGUUGAAGAUGGUAGGACAGAAGUAGAAAGUGAAGUUGAGAAACAAUUUCCAAUGGAUUCCGUUACUCCAUCAGCGAUUGAAACAGCUGAAAAAACUAGAGAGAUUGAAGCUGAACUUGCAGAUGAAAACCAGGAAGCAAUAAUGGUUGCUGAAAAGCAAGUUGCAAGUGGGACUAUUGGUGUUGCUUUAGCUGUUGUUACUACUGCUGAUGAAGUUGGAAAAACUGAGGCUAAAAUUGAAGAUGAUGAGAAAGAAGCAGCAGUGAAGGUUCAAGAACAAGUUCAGAGUGAUUUUGGUAUUUCCACUUCAGCUGAUAAAAUUGUUGAGGAAACUAUAAAGUUAGAACCUAAGCUUACAGACGAAGACCAAGUGGUGCUGACAGAAGACACAAAACAAAUUCCGGUUGAGGAAUCCACUGAUAUAGGAGCUAAAGUUGAAGAUGGUAAGGUUGAACUAGAGAAUGAAGUUGAGCAACAAUUUCCUACUGAUACUGUUUGUCCUAUUUCAGCUAUUGAAAUUACUGAGAAGUCUGAGGAGAUUGAAGCUGAACUCGCAGACGAAAGCCAGGAUGCGAUAACAGAAGCUGAAAACCAAGUUGCAACUGAAGCUAGUGAUGCCACUUUAGCUGUUGUUACUGCUGAUGAAGUUGGAAACAAUGAAGUUGAAGUAGUAGAUGAUGUGAAAGCAGCAGCGAUAGAAGUUCAAGGGCAAGUUCCAAGUGAUUCUAGUAUUUCCACUUCAGCUGAUAGAAUUUCUGAGGAAGCUAAAAAGUCAGAACCUAAGCUUAUAGGUGAAGACAGAGUGGAGUUCACAAAGAUAGGAGCUAAAGUUGAAGAUGGUGAGGCAGAAGUAGAAAGUGAAGUUGAGCAGCAAUAUCCAAGCGAUUCUGGUACUCUUACUUCAGCUAUUGGAAUUGCUGUGAAAACUAGAGAGAUUGAUGUCAGAGAGACCAAGGCUGAAAUUGAAGGUGAUGAGGAAGUACUGACAGAAAUUGGAGAACAAAUUCCCAUUAAUUCUGAUACUUCAGCUGAUGGAACUACUGAAGAUGCUAAAGAGCCAGAAGUUAAACUUGCAGAUGAUAACCAAGAAGCUGCAGCAGAUGUUGGAGAACAAGCUCUAAACGAGUUCAGAAAUGAUAUUUCAGCUGUUGAAAGUGCUUCCGCUUCAGCUAGAGGAAUUUCUGAUGAAGCUGAAAAGCUAGAAUCUAAGGCUAUAGAUGAUGAUCUAGACGAGGCUGCAGAAGCUGAGAAACAAGUUCCAAGUGAGAAAUCCAUAGAGGCAGAAUCUAAACUUGUUGAUGGUGAAACAGAAACAAAGCAACGAUUUCCAAGUGAUUCCACUAGUCCUACUUCAGUUUUCGGAAUUCUUGUGAAAUCCAUAGAGAUUGAAGCUGAACUUGCAGAUGACAAGUAUGAAAUGAUAAAAGAAGCUGAAAAGCAUGAUGCAAUUGAGACUAGUGAUGUUACUUUAGUUGUUGCUGCUGCUGAAGCAUUCGAACAAAUCGAAGAUGAUAAGAAAGAAGCAACAGUGGAGGUUCAAAAACAAGUUCCAAGAGAUUCUAGUAGUUCCAAUGAAUUUGGAAAAAGUGUAGAUGAUGAGAAAGAAACAGCAAUAGAAGUUAAAGAAGAAAUUGCAAGUGAUUCUACUACUUGCACUUCAGCUGAUGGAAUUGCUAAGGAAACUAAAAGUCUAGAAUCUAAGUUUAUAGAUGAUGAUCUAAGGGUGCUUGCUGAAGCUGAGAAACAAAUUCCAAGUGACGAGUAUAUAGAGACAGAAGUGGAGCAACAAUUUCCAACUUAUGCCACUAGUGCUAUUUCAGCUAUGAGAAUUGCUGAUAAAUCUGGAGAGAUUGAAGCUGAACUUGAAGAAGACAACAAACAGGAAGUAGAGCCUAAAGUUGAACUUGCAGAUGACAAACAGGAAGUGAUAACUGAAGCUGAAAAUCAAGUUGCAAGUGAGACUAGUGAUGUUACUUUAGCUGUUGAUACUGCUGAAGAGUUCAGAAACACUGAAGCUAAAAUUGAAGAUAAUGACAAAGAAGCUGCAGUGGAGGCUCAAGAACAAGUCCCAAAUGAUUCUAGUACAUCUGAGGACACUAUAAAGUUAGAAGCUGAGCUUACAGAUGAAGAUCAAGUGGUGCAGAUAGAAGAUGCGAAACAAAUUCCGGUUGAGGAUUCCACAGAAGUAAGAACUAAAGUUGAAGAUGGGAGGACCGAAGUAGAAAGUGAAGUUGAGAAACAAUUUCCAAGGGAUUCUGUUAUUCCAUCGGCGAUUGAAACUGCUGAAAAAACUAGGGAGAUUGAAGCUGAACUUGCAGAUGAAAACCAGGAAGCGAUAACAAUUGCUGAAAAGCAAGUUGCAAGUGGGACUAUUGGUGUUGCUUUAUCUGUUGUUACUACUGCUGCUGAAGUUGGAAAAACUGAAGCUAAAAUUGAAGAUGAUGAGAAAGAAGCAGCAAUGAAGGUUCAAGAACAAGUUCAGAGUGAUUUUGGUAUUUCCACUUCAGCUGAUAAAAUUGUUGAGGAAGCUAUAAAGUUAGAACGUAAGCUUACAGACGAAGACCAAGUGGUGCUGACAGAAGACACAAAACAAAUUCCGGUUGAGGAAUCCACUGACAUAGGAGCUAAAGUUGAAGAUGCAAUUGAAAUUACUGAGAAUUCUGAGGAGAUUGAAGCUGAACUUGCAGACGAAAGCCAGGAUGCGAUAACAGAAGCUGAAAACCAAGUUGCAACUGAAGCUAGUGAUGCCACUUUAGCUGUUGUUACUGCUGAUGAAGUUGGAAACAAUGAAGUUGAAGUAGUAGAUGAUGUGAAAGCAGCAGCGAUAGAAGUUCAAGGACAAGUUCCAAGUGAUUCUAGUAUUUCCACUUCAGCUGAUAAAAUUUUUGAGGAAGGUAAAAAGUUAGAACCUAAGCUUAUAGGUGAAGACAGAGUGCUGCUGACAGAAGCUGAGAAACAAAUUGCAAUUGAAGAGUUCACAAAGAUAGGAGCUGAAGUUGAAGAUGGUGAGGCAGAAGUAGAAAGUGAAGUUGAGCAGCAAUUUCCAAGCGAUUCUGGUACUCCUACUUCAGCUAUUGGAAUUGCUGUGAAAACUAGAGAGAUUGAUGUCAGAGAGACCAAGGCUGAAAUUGAAGGUGAUGAGGAAGUACUGACAGAAAUUGGAGAACAAAUUCCCAUUAAUUCUGAUACUUCAGCUGAUGGAACUACUGAAGAUGCUAAAGAGCCAGAAGUUAAACUUGCAGAUGAUAACCAAGAAGCUGCUGCAGAUGUCGGAGAACAAGCUCUAAACGAGUCCAGAAAUGAUAUUUUGGCUGUUGAAAGUGCUUCCGCUUCAGCUAGUGGAAUUUCUGAUGAAGCUGAAAGGCUAGAAUCUAAGGCUAUAGAUGAUGAUCUAGAUGAGCCUGCAGAAGCUGAGAAACAAGUUCCUAGUGAGAAAUCCAUAGAGGCAGAAUCUAAACUUGUUGAUGGUGAAACAGAAACAAAGCAACGAUUUCCAAGUGAUUCCACUAGUCCUACUUCAGUGUUCGGAAUUGUCGUGAAAUCCAUAGAGAUUGAAGCUGAACUUGCAGAUGACAAGUAUGAAAUGAUAAAAGAAGCUGAAAAGCAUGAUGCAAGUGAGACUAGCGAUGUUACUUUAGUUGUUGUUGCUGCUGAAGCAUUCGAACAAAUUGAAGAUGAUAAGAAAGAAGCAACAAUGGAGGUUCAAGAACAAGUUCCAAGAGAUUCUAGUAGUUCCAAUGAAUUUGGAAAAAUUGUAGAUGAUGAGAAAGAAACGGCAAUAGAAGUUAAAGAAGAAAUUGCAAGUGAUUCUACUACUUGCACUUCAGCUGAUGGAAUUGCUAAGGAAACUAAAAGACUAGAAUCUAAGUUUAUAGAUGAUGAUCUAAGGGUGCUUGCAGAAGCUGAGAAACAAAUUCCAAGUGACGAGUAUAUAGAGACAGAAGUGAAGCAACAAUUUCCAACUGAUGCCACUAGUGAUACUUCAGCUAUGGGAAUUGCUGAUAAAUCUGGAGAGAUUGAAGCUGAACUUGAAGAAGACAACAAACAGGAAGUAGAGCCUGAAGUUGAACUUGCAGAUGACAAACAGGAAGUGAUAACUGAAGCUGAAAAUCAAGUUGCAAGUGAGACUAGUGAUGUUACUUUAGCUGUUGAUACUGCUGAAGAGUUCAGAAACACUGAAGCUAAAAUUGAAGAUAAUGACAAAGAAGCUGCAGUGGAGGCUCAAGAACAAGUCCCAAAUGAUUCUAGUACAUCUGAGGACACUAUAAAGUUAGAAGCUGAGCUUACAGAUGAAGAUCAAGUGGUGCAGAUAGAAGAUGCGAAACAAAUUCCGGUUGAGGAUUCCACAGAAGUAAGAACUAAAGUUGAAGAUGGGAGGACAGAAGUAGAAAGUGAAGUUGAGAAACAAUUUCCAAGGGAUUCCGUUAUUCCAUCGGCGAUUGAAACUGCUGAAAAAACUAGAGAGAUUGAAGCUGAACUUGCAGAUGAAAACCAGGAAGCGAUAACAGUUGCUGAAAAGCAAGUUGCAAGUGGGACUAUUGGUGUUGCUUUAGCUGUUGUUACUACUGCUGCUGAAGUUGGAAAAACUGAAGCUAAAAUUGAAGAUGAUGAGAAAGAAGCAGCAGGGAAGGUUCAAGAACAAGUUCAGAGUGAUUUUGGUAUUUCCACUUCAGCUGAUAAAAUUGUUGAGGAAACUAUAAAGUUAGAACCUAAGCUUAUAGAUGAAGACCAAGUGGUGCUGACAGAAGACGCAAAACAAAUUCCAGUUGGGGAAUCCACUGAUAGAGGAGCUAAAUUUGAAGAUGCAAUUGAAAUUACUGAGAAAUAUGAGGAGAUUGAAGCUGAACUUGCAGACCAAAGCCAGGAUGCGAUAACAGAGGCUAAAAACCAAGUUGCAACUGAAGCUAGUGAUGCUACUUUAGCUGUUGUUAUUGCUGAUGAAGUUGGAAACAAUGAAGUUGAAGUUGCAGAUGAUGUGAAAACAGCAGCGAUAGAAGUUCAAGGACAAGUUCCAAGUGAUUAUAGUAUUUCCACUUCAUCUGAUAAAAUUUCUGAUGAAGAAAAAAAGUUAGAACCUAAGCUUAUAGGUGAAGACAGAGUGCUGCUGACAGAAGCUGAGAAACAAAUUGCAAUUGAAGAGUUCAGAAAGAUAGGAGCAAAAGUUGAAGAUGGUAAGGCAGAAGUAGAAAGUGAAGUUGAGCAGCAAUUUCCAAGCGAUUCUGGUCCUCCUACAUCAGCUAUUGGAAUUGCUGUGAAAACUAGAGAGUUUGAUGCUGAACUUGCAGAUGAGAACUGGGAAAUGCCAAGUGAAGUUGCAACCAAGCUAAAUGAUUCUACUUCAGUUAUUUGUGCAUUUGAUGAUGUCAGAGAGAACAAGGCUGAAAUUGAAGGUGAUGAGGAAGUAGUGACAGAAGUCGGAGAACAAAUCCUCAUUGAUUCUGGUACUUCAGCUGAUGGAACUACUGAAGAUGCUAAAGAGCCAGAAGUUAAGGUUGCAGAUGAUAACCAAGAAGCUGCUGCAGAUGUUGGAGAACAAGGUCUAAUGGAGUCCAGAAGUGAUAUUUCGGCUGUUGAAACUGCUGAGGAGAGUAGAAAGACAGAAGCUGAGCUUGAAGAUAAAAAGCAAGAACUGAAUCAGAGAAAUGAAGCUGAUGCUGCAGAUGACAUCAGUCAAGUCUUGGCCGAGGAAGAGAGGGAUAAUGCAACUUUUGAUGACAACUCAAACGACACCAAGCUAAAGAUUGUAAAUCUGGUGAAAGAAGAUGCAGAUAGUAAUCACACUUCAGUUGUACAAACUGAAGGCGAGAUCUCACAAGCAACAAUUGAGGUCAAGAAUGAGAAGCAAGAUGAACUAACACAAAUUGAAGAACCAUCAGUUGCGGAAAUAAAGAAGAUUGAUUCUGGUUGUUUGAUUGCUGAAAUGUCAACCAGAGAAGAAAAACCUAAUGUGAUCAUUGAAAGUGUUGACAAGGAAGAAGACAUCUUAGAAGAUAAGGUAUCCAUGGAUAAUCUCAAUGAUGCAAAUGUAAUCAGUCAAGUUCCACAAAGCACUGUUGAGGAGGUGAAAGACUGCAGAAAUGAUGAGAUGGUCAGAGAAAUUGAUGAUCAUUCACAAAUAGUGAAAGACAUGGAUAUUGAGAUGAAAGAAGAUACAAUCACUUUGGUGGAGUCUUCAAAUAAUCUUGAUAAUGGUACUGAGAUUAAUGAUGGAUUUGAAGGAAAGGAAAGUUCAGAAGGCCUUGAAAUAGUAGAGCACAAAAAAGAGGAUAUCUUGAAAGUUGACAAAGUGAUCUUGGAUGAAAACUCAAAACGUUCUUAUGUUCUUGACACUACUGAGUCCUUGACUAAGAUUGAGAAAUCUCCUGAUGUUGUUGAAGUAAUUGAGCAGAAUGAUGGUGAGAUCUUAGAGAGCAGUAGCACAUCAUCGGCCAUGAUUGGCAAGGAAGUUGCCGAAGAAAAGUGCGGAGACUCAGCAAACAUGAAUAUUAUUACUGAUGAAACAGCUAAAUCAGUUGGUGAAGAGGGUGAUGCUUCAAAUAAUUUUCCAAUGGAAAAUAAGAUAUCCCAGGACAAAGAAGAAAAGGAAAGCAAAGAUGAAAGUGUCAAAGGAGACUAUAUCAAGGUUGCUAAAGAUAUUGAUGUUAGCGAGGAGGUUGCAACUACUAUUACUGCACUUGACGAAAGCUUGUCUCCUAAAUCUUCUGAUUUUGUAAAGGUAGAAGAAGAAACUCCUAAAGAGAGUGCUCCAGCUAAGUCCUCUCCACGUCGUUCAAACAACAUAAUAUCCAAGGUCAAGCACCAAAUUGUCAAAGCAAAGAAGGCAAUCAUGGGAAAAUCACCAAGUCCAAAAGACAUGGUGCCAAAGAGCAAAGAACUCAAAUAGAUCAUAUAGCAUUAGACUUCAACUAUUUGUGUGGCCUAUUUGUAUGUUGAGUCCAUGUAAAUAAUUAUAGGUCCUAGUGGAGUGUUUGAGAUCCUUGCUUCAAGCAUGCAUGUAUAAUUUAGUAUCUUCAGUGGCAUUCUGCUUAUUCUAUAAUUAUGUUUUUCUCUAGUCUUUGUUGUUAUUGUAUUAAAGGUUUGUUAUUGUGAAGACAUUAUUUGGUGUUAGUCUUCGAUGUAUUUGUUUGGUGCUCUAAAUAUAUUCAGCAUCAAUAGUUUCUUCUUUUUCUUUGAAUAA